CCGGCACUACCAGAGCCAGCUCUUUCGUGGAAGGGAAUGCACAUGCGCCCAGGGGGUCCUGGGACACCCUUAAAUACCGUCUUGCAAGCGUGCUGGUCCUCUUUCCCUGCCGCCGCCGAGUCGCGCGGAGGCGGAGGCUCGGGUGCACUCAAGAUUCGGCUCCACCCGUAACCCACCGCCAUGGCCGAGGAAGGCAUUGCUGCUGGAGGUGUAAUGGACGUCAAUACUGCUCUACAAGAGGUGCUGAAGACCGCCCUCAUCCAUGAUGGCCUAGCACGUGGAAUUCGCGAAGCUGCCAAAGCCUUAGACAAGCGCCAAGCCCAUCUUUGUGUGCUUGCAUCCAACUGUGAUGAGCCUAUGUAUGUCAAGUUGGUGGAAGCUCUUUGUGCUGAGCACCAAAUCAACCUGAUCAAGGUUGAUGACAACAAGAAGCUAGGGGAAUGGGUAGGUCUCUGUAAAAUUGACAGAGAGGGAAAACCCCGUAAAGUGGUUGGUUGCAGCUGUGUGGUUGUUAAGAUGGAAAACCAGGAGCACCCGGGAGCACAUUUCAGAGGAAGCUCUGAGGGCAGGAGGUGGACCAUGUUCCUGACUGCCAUCAGGAACUGGGCCACGGGAACACGGAUGUCACUUUCCCAAAGGUACAUGAAUUAGGACAGCUUGAACUAUGGAGAAACUACUAAUAAAAUUUCAAGAGGUCAGCCCAGCACAUAUUGAAUAAUGACUGCGGAAUGUUUUCCCUAUUGUUGUGCGGUUCCGGCCUGGCAGCCCUGGCCAGGGUGGCUCGGCCCAGCCUGCCCGGUGCAGUGUGGGGCCUUUAACCACGGGGCAAGCCAUUAACCGGCCGGUGAAGGAGCAGCACAUUGUUGUGUUAAACCACAACAGCGUCUGUGGAAUCCAAGAGCCAUAAAGCCCUAGCUCUGAUGCUGCCUGACACAGGCAUAAUUCAUGAACUCUGUAAUUUAAAGGGAUUUCAAUGCAAUUGUAAAACUAAUAAAAAAUGAAAUGCUUUGGGGAAA